AUGUUAAGAUUACAUCCUCGACAACUACUACGUCGCCCGUUCCCCCUAUGCAGACAACGCAAUCACAGUCUACCAACGACACGAAGAUACGCAACUUCAUUUGCAGAUUUCAAACCACCACCUAUACGACAAAGGUUGAAACCAUUAAUACCAUUUUUCAUUUAUUGGACAAUCAUAACUUCUUUAGCGGUACAUCUUUUAAGAGCUAGAAUACAUUCAAAAGAGGAGUUAGAUAAACGUAAAGCACAAAUUACAGUUUUAUCAGAUUUAGUUGAAAGGUUACGUAUUGGGAAAAGAGAUGGAAGAGGAAAAGGGAAAAGGAUUGAAGACGAUGAAAUUCAACGAGAACUGGAAAUGGUCGGGUUGAGACAAAGGACAAUAUUAACUGAAGGUGUAGAAGAUGUUCUGGAAGAUACUGCUAAUGUAGGAUGGAUAGAAGUUUUAUUUGGGAAGAAAAGGAUAAAGAAUGAUGUAAAUAACGAAAAAGAAUUGGAAUCUUUGGAAGAAUGGGUACAAGUCGUCAAUGAAGCUACUCAAUCUACGACAUCACCACCUACGACAUCAUCUUCAACCCCCAAAAUCCCGGAAAGAUCGGGUCAAGUUAAAAGAGCACCGUCAUCGAAUGUUUAUAUGUGA